AUGACACCGAUACCAUCUCCCGUUUUAUACGCGAUUCCGCAUGAAAUAAUCAAUAGAUUAAGUACACAACGAGUAACAAGAGUUUCAUUGAAACAUUUGGCCACCGUUGGAAGACACGUACUAGAAGCAAAGAAUAACACCCGCUUUAUAAUACCCGCCCAAUUUCUCCAUCAAGAACUUCCAAUCCGUCUCUCACAAACAUUAAAAAUGUUAAAUUCACCAAAUAUACCACACAACAUGAAUCAAACACCGACUUUCCAACGAUUCCGUGAAAAAUGCUACGAAUCCAUUUGUCUACUGACGUCAAGCCCGAAACCGGAUACUCUUGCGGCCGAGCAAUCAUUCACCGCGUUGAUCAGAAAUAUUCAACGACAACAUCGAUUGAGUACGCUUUCGUUUGGUCAGAUAUUCAAGGAGGUGAUCGAAUCGACGAAUACCCCAAUCGGGGCAUUGGAUACGUCGGACACGCAAGAAUUUUUUGAUAGGUUUUAUGCAAUGAAUUUGGGCACUCGUCUAUUGAUUGGUGAACAUUUGGAGUUGCAUGAUAAAGGCAGAAAUUUGGUGCAAAGAAUUAAUCCGUUGCAAGUUGCUGAGCGUGCUAUUCGUGAUGCGCGAAGAACAUGUGAAAAGCAUUACAAACGCCCGGCACCAGAAGUACAAAUCGUAACACCAAGCGUUUCAAUAACCACUACAUACAUAGCAGAACACUUACACCGCAUUCUCUUUGAACUCUUAAAAAAUUCUCUACGCGCCACUCUUGAUUUCCACCACUCGAGCUCCUCACUCCCCGCAAUAAAACUAAUCAUUGUCGAUGGCGGCGAAGACGUGACAAUUAAAUUAUCGGACGAAGGUGGCGGUAUUCCGAUAUCUGCUUCGGAGAAAGUGUGGAGUUAUGUAUACAGCUCAAUGCACAAUUGUCCGACUACUACCGCUCAGAAUUCUGAACAUAAAGUGCCGCGAAUUACAUGGCAGUUUGAUGAGAAAGGAUUACAGCUUGAGGGUGAAGGAGCGCAACAAGAGGUUAACGAUUAUAAGGAUAUGCCGUUGAUUAGUUAUGGCCAUGGAUUACCCGUUGCUAGGUUAACUGCUAGAUAUUUUGGCGGUGAUUUAUCGCUCGUCUCAAUGGAAGGCUACGGUACCGACACUUAUCUUUCACUAUACCGCGACGAUACACAUCUCGAAAAUUUCCCAAAUAUUCCGAAUGACGGAUUACUGUGGCUCAAUAAUAACGAGAACACGAUGGUGUGA